UUUGUUUAGUUUAUUUUUCUGGGGGUUUCUGAUUGGUCCAGGUCCGAGUGCCCACUGCUAUCUAACCACUUUAAGAUACCCCUUUGGUCUGAAACGGACCUUACUUUAUAAUGAGGUUUUGUUUCAAAUAGAAGGUCCAGAAUCUUUUCCUGAAAUUGGGAGUGGUAACAUCGACUCAGCUCGUCGAGACGAAUCGAAUGACAUGCCACGUCCCGAACUUUUAUCUCCGGUACACUACACUACAGCCGAAAGAAAAAAAGGGGAAACAAACUUAACUAUUGUUUUUUGAAUUUGCCCUUUAACUUUGCUUGUUUUUCUAGGUUUGUUGGAAAGUUCAAAUUGGCGAUGCUAUCAAUUCUGAUAAACUUCGUGAAAUCUUUUUUGCAUUUGGAGAUUAUUUCGGCAAAAUCAAUGGAGGAUAAUGAUGGAAAGCCUAGAGGUUUUGGUUUUGUUGCUUUCAUGGAUCAUGAGAGCGCGGCUCGAUCGGUGGAGGAAAUGAAUGAAAAGGAAGUUCCUGGCCGCGCAGAUUUACAUUUUACUGUCUUGCCGUGCACAGAAGAAGAGUGA